CAGACUACCUGUCUCAAUACUUAUCCUACCUAGGUUAGGUAGGUAGUCGAUUCCAUAUGAUCAACAAUGCUUGGCUAAGAAUUGGCAACUGGGUUAUCUUCAUCUUCCAAUACUUAUCUAGUAGGCAUUUACUCUCUUCUGAGACAAUGCCCCCCACAAGAUCGUUCUACUAGACUUCUACAUAACAACAAGAGUCUUGGGCAUUGUGGAUACACUACGAUGGCGAACCGAUUGCGAACUUGACAGAACUCAGGGGUUCCCGGUACGCCGGGUCCUUAGCAUACCUACAGGGAAUGGAUAUAUUAUCAUACUAAUCAUUUAGCUUCAUGGAAAUGCAAGCAUGAACUGAUUCUAUCCAUUAUAUAUAUACUAUAGUAGGCAUUAUAGGCAACAGCGGUUCUGUUAGCGUUGAGACUGAUGAGACCAGAGGGCACUAAUGCUCUAACCGAGUCGAUUUUCAAUGCUAUUUAUCUUUCAGCCCCUACUAUGUAGUAAUAAGCGAAACUGAUUACUUAUUCACUGCAAGGCCUCGGCACUUCACGAUGCGAUGCUACUUCGAAGCCCAUGCUCUCUUCACACUUAUGUAGGGGCUGCUUAGAUGUUUGUCGUGACAGUAGUAAGAUCUUUACAAAGUGUAAUCACCUAAACUACCUGUAUCGCCUCAUCAUCACUUUUCAUACUUUUGUUGACACUACUGAUCUCGCCCCUUUGCUCUAACUAAUAGAGCCUCCUUCCUCUUAUUAUCACGAAUGUCAUCCAGUGAAACUCCUGAUAUUCGGCCGUGGGAGUCAAACGACUCUCAAGGGAAACUAGGUCGAUACGAUCGUUAUGGCAACAAGCCUUCUUCGGCCUCAGUAAAUACAGAAUCAACGGAAUAUGCUUCAACAAUUCCGCGUGCCAUCUCUUCCUCGACAAUGCGAAGCCAGCCACCACCACGUAUUGAUAGACUAUCACUACGCCUAAGAAGCAAUUCUGGGCUUAAACUACACACAAAUGAAAACGCUCUCAGCCAAUAUAUAGACUAUAAACAGGACCGGCUGACCCGCACGCCCUCAUUCAACUCCGCGACUUGCGGUCCAUCCAUAAACGGCGAGAGUAGUCCCCCACUACACAAGAAAAUGCCAUGGGCAACAGGAGACCUAUCUAGUUAUCAAGACUUCCCUCAGUCCUUAGGAAACGACGUGUUUCAAAUCGGACUAAAGCAUCCUAUUAUUGUGCAAAAAUUUAGGAGAUAUUGUAAAGAUCACGGAUACGAGAGUCACUUGGAAUUCUUAAUAAAGGUCCGGGAAUAUACAGAAUCUACAGACGAAAUGGCCUCGGUCUUAACAUCAAUAUCGACUUCCUUUAUCACAUCAGGAGCCAUUCAUUCCUUAAAAAUGCCUACUAUAAUGUCACGGACGUUGAAUGCCGACGUUAAACGUGUUGCGCAUACUAUCCUGCCAGGCCUAGAGACAGUUUUCGUCGAUUCUAAGGCUCAUGUCGAACGCCACAUGGCAACAAGUAUUUUCCCUGGGUUUGUCAAGCACCAGCUGAUCCAAAACGCGACGACGGCCCUUUCUACUACAAUUAGCAACCCCUCAUCCAGAAGGGAGUUCCCGGGUCUUGGAGAGAGUUUCUGCAUGAUCAACAGCGCUGGCACCAAGGUAUCCGCCGUCACCGAGUCUUUCCUUAAGAUUACAGGAUAUCCGUUAGAAGAGGCCGUCCACCGGAAUUGUGGUUUCUUGCAAGGGCCAAAUACGAACCUAGGCCUGGGUGAAGGGCGGGAAGCCACGGAACUCCUAUUGAGUCUUCGCAAAGAUGGCACACCAUCCUGGAGCUUAUGCUUCUUGUAUCCUUUGAGAAACCAACAAGGCCAAAUUCAAUGCUGGCUUGGUGGCCAAGUUGAUGUAUCGAAAUUUGUCAAAAGCCGGGAAAGCCUACUGCGUGCUCUGGGCUAUCCAAACGAGACUGAUUCAGGGUACGAUGAGGGGUCUGAUACUGGCAGCGAACCAUCGAGGUAUGGAUGUGCACCAGACUCGAAGUUGGAAAGAGACCCUAGCGUCCACAGCCGCGACAGCUCGCGGAGCACGUUCUCGCGCAGCAACCGCUUCAUACAGCAGCUUCGAAAGCCCUCACGUCUCCCUCACAUACCUUCGAGUGCUAGCUCAUCCGAAUACGUGUGGGACAAUGCGGAGUACCGACCGCAGCGGAAUCAAGGUCUCGAGACGCAGAGAUUCCAGCCUCGGACACAACAACAAAUUCCUAUCUCUCCCACAACCUACUCCUUCCACAUCGUGCUUAAAUGCAACUCACCACAGCCGCCACCGAUCCAGCAGAAACCACCAACGCCGACGGGGACACGGAAGAAGCAAAGCUUGAAAUUCCACGUCAUGUUCUACUCGGAAGAGGCUGCCGAUCUGCUAUCUAUCCGCAAGGACAUCACCGAGAUGGACAUCUUCCGUGUCCUGGCAGACAAGGCGCGCUCGCCGUCCAUCACCAAGACCUUCAAGUCGGUGAUUCGGGAGAGAAUCGAAUGCGGCAGGCCGGCUAGGGCCGAGAUCAUCAUCGACACCACGUACACACCACCCACGAGGCCGAAAAGCAGCACCGGUGUGGGGAGACCGAACACAGCAGCCAGUAGGGCCGGUCCCAACGGCGAGGGCUACGCGAAGUCGGAGAGGAAGGCGGCGAAGAGCUCCAGGCAGGAGAGGCUAAUCAGCCACUGGACUCCGCUGAAGAAUGCGGAUGGGAAUGUCGAGAUGGUCGUGCUGAUAUUGACUCCGUCAGCAUGAGCGUUGGUAUAUAUGAUGAAAUUCGCUGACUCUAUUGUAUUGGAACCUUGGGUUGGGAACUGGGCAUGUUAUAGCACGGUGGAGUUUGGUGGCCUUAUUCAUAGGUGGCUCGUGU